AUGACCUGUCUUCCCCCCGGGUAUCCUACCCGUGUUGUCAACGAGAAGAACACUCGGGCCAAGUUAAAAUCGCAGGUGGAACGGCUCGUGGGGCGUAAGAGCGUCACCAUCUUGGACUCGAUUAAUAACAUUAAGGGAUACCGGUACGAGCUGUGGUGCGUCGCGAGAGCGGCGGGGACGAGGUAUUGCAUGGUACAUGUCGACACGGAUGUGGCCACGUGCAGCGCCUGGAACGCGGCGCGACCCGAAUCGGAGCGAUAUCGCCAGGAGAUCUUUGACGACCUAGCCGGGCGCUUCGAGCGGCCAGACUCACGGAAUCGUUGGGAUGCCCCACUGUUCACAUUGCACCCGGCAGCCGGCACCGGCUGCAGCAGCUGCGGCGAGGGCGGUGAGGCUGAGGCGGAUGUGCUGGCAGCUGUCGUACGCGCGAUGACGGAGGAACAGACCAACCACCAGGCUCGGGUUGCCCGCGACCUGACCCCCACUAUGGCGACCUCCAACCCCGCACUACUGGCCACCAACACUCUGCAUGAAAUAGACCAGGCGGCCCAGGAGGUAAUCAACACCAUCAUGGACGCACAGGCCGCAGCAGCCGGCGGCGCCGCCGAGGUGGUGCGCUUCGGUGGGGGCACCAGUGGUCCACCCAUGGAGCUUGAGCUCCGUCGCGCCUUGACGCUAGCGGAGCUGCGCCGCCACAAACGCGCCUUCCUCAAGCUCGCCACCAAGAUUACGUUUGCUCGCCUGCAUGACGCAGCCGCAGCCCGUCGCAUGUUUGUGGAUUACCUGCGAUCUAACUUGGCUGCGGAGGCGGCUGGCGGUGGUGGCUGCGGGACAGAGGAUUUCUAGCUAGGGGGGUAACGAGGGGGCGGGCAGGAGCCUACGCAAGGGCGCGUUGGAUUUAGGCAGGAGCAGUUUACAAGGGGUGAGGUACCGGAUAGUAUAAACUCUGGCCGGGUGAUAGUGGUCUAGAGGCUUAGAUAGGGGCGAAUGUGGCAAGGUAGAGGCGAAUGUGGCAAGUGGGACAGAGGUCCAGGGAGGUUGGGGAAUAAAGCGGUCGGCAAGGGAGGUGGGGGGCUUAACCACGGCGGCUUUUGUCGAGUUCGUUUGGAAGAGGUGCAGGCAAGGCGGUAGACCAAGCCGCCGCGAGAACGGGCAGAGCGCUCUUUACCCCCCGCCAAACCCGCUAAAUUUCCUUCUAAGGACCUGGCUUCUGG